AAAAAUAAUUAACUGUAUAAUAAAAUGCUGUGUUUAAUGUUCAUAAAUAAAUAGAGUUCAUAAUAAUAAAAUGGGUUAAAAUGUGUGCGGAUUAAAAGCAUAAAUAUAAUACGUUUAAUAAAACUAUUUACAGUUAAAAGAUAAAUUAAUAUAAAGGUCUUUAAGUUUAUCAAGGCUAAAAUAUUUGUGAAUUCAGGAUAUAAAAGAGGAAGAAGCCGUGUUUAUGUUUAACUUAACCAUUGACCUGUCACACGUAAAUCAUUUAAUUUGUUUUGUCUUUGGUUGUAUUAAAACUUCACAAGCCAAUCCGAAUAAAGUCUCAACGUGUAAAGGGCGGGACUAGUGCAGCAGGUUAGCGUGGGGAGUAGUGAGCACAUGUAGAGAAAGAAACCUGACCGGACUGAGAGCUAAGAGGAGGCAUCGUAGUGUGGGAAGCAGUUAAGUUUUAUCGUGAGGUCGACUACUCGUGGUCCUGAUUUAAACUUCUUUGUGACCUGCAAAAAGGAGCUGGACGUUGGAGAGAGGGGUUUCCAGCAGAUGGCCCUGCUGUUUUCUGUGUUUUCUUCCUUGUGACUUCGCCACCGCCAUUGCCCACGUGUGUGUUUGGAUUGCCACCGCCAUUGCCAUUAUCUUCGUGAGAAUAUCAUCCCCCAAUCCCUUUCUGCCCCUACUAAUUACACCCUGGAUUCGUGAGUACUGAUUUACACAUUGCACGUGCUUUUAUUUUGAGCUCAAGCUGAGUGAAGCGGCCAAUACAGUUUUUAGGCCCCACCGCACACAAGCUUCAACUAACAGGCCUGCAACGGGUUAACCUAAUUUAAAGUGUGUUGUUAAUUUGAUUGUGUGUGGUACAUUGAGUUUGCAUUGUUGUAAAUUGGAGAAUCCCGUGCAUCUGAUUUUAUUUAUUUUAUUUGUUUAUUUGUUUUCUUUUCCUAAAAUACAUUCGACUAGUAUUUCAUUUUGUGAAUAAAUAUGUGAUUGAAUACUUUUACAUUUAAAAUACAGUUGGGGUGGUCAUUUAUUAAAAUUAUCCAACAGUAACAUAUGAAUCAAAGUUGUAGUUUCCUACAACGAGCCCAGGCCCAGUCUUAUUGUAUUAACCACUCUAGAUUUAUUAUUUAACUACAUGGGACAAGGGUUACAUAAAUGGAGGCCCCGCUGGGAUAAUAUUAAACUAAAAUGAAUUAGACAAGCAAAAGUAACAUGACCCCACAACUUUAAGAGCAUUUAUUUAAAGUAAUGUGCUAACAGUAACUAGAAGUAAUUAAAGUAAAGUACAACAAUGGCAGUCCUAGCAAACAGUCCAUCACAACGUGAGCUAAUUAACUGGUGCAAAGGAGAAUCAAUAGAUUUAAAGCAUGCCUUCCUGUUACAUGGAGUGCCUGAAGGUGUUUCAAGAGAAGACAUUGAAGAAACAGCAGGGACCAUCAAAGCUUGGGGAAGAGUUAGAGUUAAGGGAAAAAUGUUUCACCAUCAACAGCAAUCGCUGAUGGUGUUAUGUGAGUGUCGUGAAGAGAUCGACCCCUCUAAAAUCCCACCUGAGAUAAUGCCUAUAAGUGGAGGAAGUAGUUGGAAAACUGUCUGCUACACAGAGCCUCAGCUUGAUAACUUUGAAGAGAAGCUACUUACCUUUUUGCAGAGUGAAGGGAGAACCUUGGAGGACAUCCAAGGUCUAUGUUCCCCCACCAAAGAAAGUAAAAGCAACCCUGAAGACAUCAUCCGUGCAGUCGGUGAUGUUAUGAGCAGAACAAACAAACAACCUGACAGUCACCCAUACAGACGUCUGCGGACAUUCUCCGGGAUCAGUCCCACUCCCACUGGAGAAGAGACCUUAGACAACUGGUUGGAGCAAGCAACACUCUUAGUAGAGGAAGUUGAGUGCUCGGACAAAGAGAAACGACGUCGGAUACUGGAAAGUCUCAAAGGGCCCGCCUUUGAGAUCAUUCAAGCUGUGCGCAUGACUCAACCUGAUGCUAGCCCACGUGAGUACAUAGAGGCUAUAGAGAGCAUUUUUGGUACAGUAGAGUCCUCAGAAGAACUAUAUCUGUCGUUCAGAGCCCUCCACCAACAGCCUGGUGAGCGUCUGUCUGAGUUCCUACGAAGAGUAGAGAGAUCUCUUGUCAAAGUAGUACAAGGAGGUGGCUUACCUGUUAGCGCUGCCAACAGCACUCGUUUAGAGCAGCUUCUUAGAGGGUCCACCUCUGAACUCAUGUUGUUACAGUUGAAAAUUAGGGAGCGGAGUAGUAAUCCCCCUACAUUCUUGAACCUGUUAAGAGAAGUGAUGGAAGAGGAAGGUCGCCAGUCAGCCAGACAAAGCCAAGUGUCACACCUGCGUCCUCAGCGUGUACGCACCGUCCAAGCUGAAAAGGAGAAAGAACCUGAAUCAGUCUCUAGGAGUGAACUGCAAGCUCGGAUUCAAGAAUUGAGAGCGCAGUUAGAGCAGAGAAGCAACCCACAACCUCAGCCACCAUCUGAUGAGUCCUUUAACGGUCUUACAGAGAAACAAAAACAGAGAAAUGAGUCACAGAGUGAACUGCAAUCACUAAAGAAACAAGUGAAAGCACUAGAAAGUAAAAUGAGUGUAAUGGCAGUGAAUUACACAUCAGAACAAACACCCCAGCCACACCGAUACAAAGCAGCUACGGGUUACAAGCCCGCUCAUUCCAGAGUCUCCUCUCCCCGACAAGACAAUGAUGAGUUUUUCUGUUAUCGGUGUGGGGAAAAUGGCCACAUAGCCACCAGAUGUACUGCCCCUGAGAAUCUUCAGAAAGUCAUUAGAAAGCUCAUACGCUUGGCGCGUGUUUCCCCUCUUUCCCACAAAGAGAACCCGCAGCCUGCAGCUGAAGAACACUUUGUAGCUAGAACCAAUAAGGUUGAAGUCCCAGAGAACAACACUGACUUACCUGAAGGUCUUGUAGGUCCAUCAUUUAUUCACACCAUCAAAGUAAAUGAUGUAGUCUGCGAUGCUCUCAUCGACAGUGGGUCCAAUGUGACUAUCAUCUUUGAAAGCUGGUAUAACAAACACUUACUUGAUGUCCCGAUAAAACCCCUCUCUGGCCUUGGACUCUGGGGCCUUGCUGACACUGAGUAUCCUUACAAAGGAUAUGUUGUUGUUGAGAUGGAGUUUUCAGAAGAGAUCACUGGUGUGACGGGACGAGUAGAAGUGCUCGCCUUGAUUUGUCCUGAGCCAAGAAACCAACAACAAACCCCUGUGCUGGUUGGAACCAACACAUCUCUGUUCCGCCGCCUAUGGGAACUGGCGAAGACAAAAGGUGACGAGAACACUGUGUACUCAAUGAGAAUACAGUCUGUUUAUGCCCCUGUUAAAGCACAAGAGCAGUCAACAAAAAAUGAAGUUUUGGGACAGAUAAAGUGGGAAGGACCCGGUUCACUCUCCAUUGCUCCAGGUGCAAAGUACUAUGCAACGUGCAAAGUGGAAAGACAAAGUGCCCCGUCCAAGGAUCUUGUACUGAUCGAUGCACCCACUGACCAGUUGCUCCCCAACAGUUUGCUGAGGAGGCUAAAGAGUGGACUAGUGUCCCACCUGCUGGCAUCAAAGCCCUCUGCAAGCGAGCCUGCAUCAGUGGAGAGGCUGAUGUGCCCGACAGAUUGGUGGACCAGUUGGGAGCUCCUGCUGCAGCUGUACCAGAAGCUUAUGUGUUCCCAGUGA